GAAAGAAAAAACAAUGCCUACCCUUUCUUUAUCUGCUGCAAUUUUGUUGUUUUCAACCAUUUUUCAUCCAUUUUUGGUUCACCGGGCUGCUAGUUAUGAUGAUCCAUUGAUUGGAACAAGCAGGGAAACCUUCGAAACAAUCAUCGCCGGCGGUGGCGGUGGUCAUUGGGAAGCUCCUCCUCCUUCUCCUUACAAUUACGGCUACCGUCCACCACCACCUCCCCCACCUGUACCAAAUUGUCAACCUCCCCCCCCACCAACUCCGCCGCCGCCUCCACCACCACCUCCACCACCACCUCCUGAACCAAAAUGUACACUACCACCUCCACCUCCUCCCCCACCUGUACCAAAAUGUCAACUUCCCCCACCACCACCUCUGCCGCCGCCGCCUCCACCACCAUGUAAGCACCCCACAAAGAGUGGCUGCUUCGAAAACGAGCGACUCAAAAAAUCCCACAAGGUUAUCCAAAAGUUCCGGAAAAAAAUCCGAGACGACGCCAACAGCAGAAAAUACAUAAACACAUGGCGAGGCAGCGACGUCUGUAAAUACAAAGGCUUCUAUUGUGAGACUCGUCCAGACGUGAACGAAAAAGCCAUCGCAGCGGUCGACUUCAACGGCGCCGGAUUAGCUGGAAACGACGGUUCCCUUCCCCUCGACGGUUUCAUCGACGAGUUACACGACAUAACCAUCUUCCACGCCAACUCCAACAACUUUACCGGCACGGUUCGUCCCGGUGUCUCCAAGAUCAAAUACUUAUACGAACUCGACCUCAGCAACAACGACUUGUCGGGUGAUUUCCCCAUGGAAGUCCUUCAAGCCAAAAACUUAACCUUCUUGGACUUAAGGUUCAACUCCAUUAAAGGUACGGUUCCACAACAAGUGUUUGAUCUAGACCUCGAUGUACUUUUCAUCAACAACAACAACUUCCAACAAAAACUACCCGAGAAUCUCGGCGAUACACCGGUUUUAUACCUCACAUUCGCAAACAACAAGUUCACCGGUCCGAUCCCGACGAGCAUCGGUAAAGCUUCCAACUUACUCGAAGUGCUUUUCCUCAACAAUCAGCUUACAGGAUGUUUGCCAUACGAGAUCGGUAACCUGAGUCAAGCCACCGUGUUCGAUGUCGGCACCAAUAAGCUAAUCGGACCGAUCCCGCACUCGUUCGGCUGCUUGAAAAGCAUCGAGCUACUCAACUUGGCUAACAAUAAGUUGUCUGGGGAAGUACCCGAAAUCGUGUGUAAACUCCAUAAGCUUCAAAAUUUAUCCUUGUCGAACAACUACUUCACCCAGGUUGGCCCUGCUUGUAGGGACUUGAUAUCGAAGAAGAUACUCGAUGUUCGAAACAACUGCAUCUUGGACUUGCCGGAUCAAAGAUCGAAAGCCGAGUGUGCUGCAUUUUUUUCGAGAAUAUUGCAUUGCGAUCGGAAGGAUUCGUUCAAGUGGAUUCCAUGCAUGAAAGGUGGUGAUUAUAAUUCGAGUUCGAGAGUGAAAUCGGGGCAAGAAUCAAUGGAUUCUUCUUCCCCAUCUCCGAGAACUUAUAGCACACUUAUCCCUCACCGGCUGUAAAUCGGUGGUGGGUUCUAUGGUUGUUUAUAUGUUUU